CCCCUGACCGUCGUGUGCCGCGUACGCAAAAACCCGCCGCGUACCAGAGUCCCCUCAGAUUAAACUCGAUAUUGGCCAACGUCAGGUUAGGCCGAUGCUCAUUUUCUUCGGUGAAGUUCUUAAUCACGCAAUUGUCGAAAUAAAUUAACCAAUUUCCGGUUCGGUUUUCGCGUCCUGUCGUUAUAACGAGCUACUUUGACGCGAACCAUGACCGUCGUACGAAUUUUUUGAAAUAAAUUCUUAAUCAUUUUCACGGCGGUAUUUUGGAUGCCGUAGCAGAUUGAUCAAUCGACUGACUGACCGACUAUACAAGACACGCUAAACUCACCAACCUGGCACACCAAUUCUGGUUUUCGUAUCCCCCGCCGGGGGCCGGUGCUAGUCGUUCGCAAACCGAAGAAGAGAAAAAGGAGAAAAAAGAGAUAGCCGAAGCAGUGGCCAGAGCUGAACAACAGCAAAGAGUUCAAGCCCAAAGAGGAGCCGACUUGGAUCGCGAAAGCUUAUGCGACUAUAAGCUAGAACGUCAUCAGAGCCCUUUAUCCAUUGGUAGAUCCGAGCUGGAUAGAUCAGAUCGUAAUUCGUCCGUAUCCAGGUACUCGCAACUCAGCGCCGAUUCCAUCAUCGAAGCUCCGUCGGAAUGUCGAACGAAUUCUAUUCAAUCGAUUUGCCGAGCACCAAAAGCUAGUCUCGAGUGUAUGGAAGAUCUAGCCAGUACGCCGGAUAAGGUUACCAUGAAGGUACAAUUUUUACCGCCGCUCAAGUCGUCGACGACGUCGCUCAAUCGACGCUCCUCUGUUACGUCUUCCGGAAUGCGAUACAGAAAUUUGGGUAAAAGUGGAUUACGAGUCUCGAAUGUCGGAUUUGGCACAUGGUCGGCUUUCAGCGACGACGUAGUCGAAGAGCAAGCAGAAGCUAUUAUAACAGCAGCUUACGAAGCCGGUAUCAACGUAUUCGAUUUAUCAGAAGCACACAGCGGAGAAAAAUGUGAAAUAGAAUUAGGCAAGAUUUUAAAGAAGAAAGCGUGGAAACGCAGUUCUUACAUUAUUGUUACCAAAAUAUAUUGGCAUUCUAGAUCCGAAGAACGAGGAUUAUCACGUAAACAUAUCAUCGAUUCGGUGAAAACUUCGUUGCUCAGGUUACAAUUGGAUUACAUUGAUUUAGUUAUUAUUCAUAAAGCUGAUCCGAUGUGUCCGACUGAAGAGGUUGUUCGAGCUAUGAAUCACAUAAUCAACCUCGGCUGGGCCAUGUACUGGGGUACAGCGCGCUGGACGCCUUACGAGAUCAUGGAUGCGUACACCAACUGCCGCCAGUUCAACUGCAUCACACCAAUCGUCGAGCAAACCGAGUACCACAUGUUUUGCCGCGAGAAAACCGAGCUCUAUAUGCCAGAAACGUACAAUAAAAUAGGUGUCGGAUUAAUGGUCUGGUCUCCAAUAUCGAUGGGUAUGAUAUCAAGCGACCUUCCAUUUAUAAAAGCUCCUCCUAUUAAACAAUGGAAAGGAGAAAUGGCUCAAAAUAAGUGUAUUUCAUUCAAAUGGUCUGAUGAUGAAACACGUUUUGGUACAACUGAUAUCAUAUCAUGGUGGUUGAAAGACAGAUCCCACCUGGACGAGAGUGGCCGCCAGUUAGAAAAGCUCAGACGUAUUGCUCAGAUAGCUGAUAGACUAGAAUGCUCAUUGACUCAACUCUGUAUAGCUUGGUGCUUAAAAAAUGAAACCAUACAAUGUUUGUUACUAGGCGCCACAAGUGUUCGGCAGUUAUAUCAUACUCUAAAUAGUUUAAAGCUAGUUUCCAAGCUGAACCCUACGAUAAUGGCGGAAGUGGAACGAACACUGGACAAUAAACCGACAAGACCUCCGAUAAUAUCAACCCUGGCGUUGAGAUGACAAACGCUUUGCCCCCAAGGUGGGGCAACGUCCUCCGGGGCAGUUAGAGAAAAUGAGAAUAUCGAAACAAAAGCUCACAAGGUGCCAUUCUGUAGUAUCCAGUGACAGUACGAGAAUGUUGGAGAGGCAGUUUAGGUACCUAAGGGGCAAUGCAAUCAAGGGGGAAGGCAAUGGCCAAAAUAUGGUAGAAUACUCGUAUAUAUUUUUAGCGUUAUCGUUACCUAGAUUGCAGCUCUCCAGCAUGGCAGAGUUUUUUUUUAAAAACGAUGAAAUUGCUUUUCAAGUAGAUCUUUCGAGGUAUUGAAAGCAGCUUGGGUAAAGUAAUAAUAAAUCCUCGAGGAGUUUUUUUUUGUAUUUUUUAUAAUGUUUUAUAAUUAUUUUUCGAGUAUAUGUCGAAUUUUCAUUAGAACAAAAAAACAAUGAUAGAUCAGAUGUUGGUGAAAAGAGUCGUAAUAAAUAGAAGCGUUUAUACAAAACUGAAUAAUAUAAGCUGUAAUGUCUUAAGAGACACGACUGAUAGUUUCAGUUUUGUUGAAUUUUUCUCUACCAGGUUUAUACGUUCCCUGAUGGGAAUUAAGUGAUUGAACGAGGGUAAAGUAAUUUCCAAGUUGAAAACGAUUGAUUUGCUUUACGCGUUUGUUUUUUUAAUAUUCUUGUUUUUUUCUCGUUUUAAAAACAUUUCUCUUUAGAAUUGUUAUUUAUUUGUUUCCUUCUUUGAUUUGGUUUUUACCCCUCAAAUUUCAAAUUACAUUGUUCGGUGUUUUGAGUGCGUGUUCUGUAAGGUUAUUUUUUUUUAUGAUGAUUGUCAAGCGUUGCUAAUGGCGGAUAUUUUAUCAGUAUUUAUUCGAAGAAGCAAUCUUGUUCAUAAGUUUAAUACAAUUUUUUCUCAAAAAUUUAAUAAUUUCAUAAUUAUUUAGUGAAAUUUAUCAUACAUAUGGAUUUUAUUUUCUCUGCUUAUUUUAUGUUUACUUAUUAGUAAAAUAUUUAAUGUUUAACAUAUCAUCGAGUAUGUGGUGGUCAUUUCUGUGUGAUCGAAUCAUGUUUCUAUCUCUUUGUGUAAUACAAUAAUAACCUAAUACCUACCCAAUUCUUUACAAAAGAAAUGAAUAAAAAUUGAUUUAAUAUUUUUCUAGCAAGUAUAACUAAUUAUGUGUAAUAUUUACUCAUUUGUGAUAUAUUUUCACGUAUCACUUGUUUUUAAAUUAAUACUCUCUUGUUCUUUUUGCUCUAAUUAACAUAGAUUUUAGACAACCUACCUACCUUCUUACCUAUCUAAUUUUUUUUCUCCUUAUUCUUUCUUUUCUAAUUUGUUAUAACAUUCCUUUUAUUUACCUAUCGAUUUAUUUAUUUAUUUUUCUAUCGUCUCGCCAUUUUAGCGAGCUAUUGAUUGGUAUAAAUAAAAAAAAUGAUUCGUAGAACACCAAUUUUAUUAUGUAUAAAUUGUUACCCGUUGAGUUGUGUCUUGAAAUAAGAAUAAGAUGAAAAAAAAUAAUAAUGUAGGUACCUACUUACCUACCUACGGAGGGUAAUGAAAUAAUUUUGUUUACACUGCCAAAUUGUUGUUGUUGUUGUUGAUUAUAAUGAUGUAGAUGAAGCAAUAUUGUAUGGUAUAUUUAUAAAGUUAAUGCUAGCUUCGGAGAUGUGUAGACAUGUUACGUUGAAUUUACAAUUAUUACUUAUCAUUGUAAGCUUUACCUCCGUUAAAUAAAGUUCAUUUUUGUUGGCUC